GGGACACACCGGGGACACAGGGACACACCGGGACAUUGGGCCACGGCGGCCCCGUCCCGCCCCGCCGCCAUGGAGCACGGCCAGCAGCAGCAGCAGCAGGAGGCGGAGGAGCGCGUUCAGGACACGGAGCCGUGGUUCCAGCUGGCAGCGGCGGCGGAGAGCGGCUGUUCCAGCGCUGCCCUGCGCACAGAGCCGGGCCCGAGCUGCGCCUCCAGGGACCUGUGGGAGUUCCCCGCGCUGGAGGAAGGGCUGCUGCCCUCGGCGGAGGCGUCUCCUGGAGCUCCAGCCCCCGUGUCCCCGCUGGAUAUCCAGGACAGCAGAUUCUCCCCCUGCCUGCCCCUGCUGCUGAGCCCAGGCCGGGCUGAGACGUUCCUGCAGGAAUCCCAGCUGGAUUUCCUCCCCUUGAGAGGAGUCCCGGAUGUGUCUGGAGCGUCCCUGGGGCACCCGGAGCCUCCCCACGUCCAUGGAGGAGCAGCCCCGAGGGGCCCAGCCCUUCCCUCUUCAUCCCGGCUCUCCCAACGCUCCGUGUGCGGGCAGCGCCCUGGGGACGGGGACACCGGGGACAUCGGGGACACCGGGGACAUCAGGGACAUCGGAGACUCCAGGGACAUCAGGGACACCAGGAACUCUGGCGACAUCAGGGACACCGGGGACACCAGGGACAUCGAGAACAUCAGGAACAUCAGGAACAUCAGGGACUCCAGGGACACCGGCGACAUCGGGAACAUCAGGGACAUCGGGGACACCAGGGACAUCGGGGACACCGGGAACAUCAGGGACAUCGGGGACACCGGCGACAUCAGGGACUCCAGGGACAUCGGGGACAUCAGGGACAUCGGGGACACCAGUGAUGCCAGGGACUCCAGGGACACUGGGGACAUCAGGAACACCAGGGACUCCAGGAACACCAGGGACACCAGGGACAUCAGGGACAUCGGAGACUCCAGGGACAUCAGGGACACCAGGGACUCUGGCGACAUCAGGGACACCGGGGACAUCAGGGACGGUGGCCCCGAGCAGGAGGCACCAGGAGCCCCGAGCAGGGGAGAGCCAGCAGAGCCAGCUCCAGAGGAGGGGCUGGGAAAGGGGCUGGAGCAGCCCUGGAGCACUGCUGGGAACGAUGGACACCCCAGUGGACACUGCGGUGGACAACACAGUGGACACCCCGGUAAACAUCCCAGUGGACACUGCGGUGGACAACACAGUGGACACCCCGGUGAACAUCCCAGUGGACACUCCAGUGGACAUCCUAGUGGACAAUCCAGUGGACAUUCCUCUGGACACCCCAGUGGACAUCCUAGUGGACAAUCCAGUGGAUACCCCAGUGGACACCCCUCUGGACACCCCAGUGGACAAUCCAGCGGAUACCCCAGUGGACAGUCCAAUGGACGUUCCUCUGGACACUCCAAUGGACACCCCUCUGGACAUCCCAGUGGACAUCCCAGCGGACACCCCUCUGGACACUCCAAUGGACACUCGAAUGCACACCCCUUUGGACACCCCUCUGGACACCCCUCUGGACACUCGAAUGCACACCCCUCUGGACACCCCUCCCAGGACGCUGGUGGCCCAGCGGCUGGCUCUGAGCCGGCAGAGAGGGACAAGGAGUCCCCAGGGCGGGAGGAAUCCUCAUCCUCGGGGGGCUCCUAUAAAACCGCGCUGACCAAACUGUCGGAGCCGAGCGAGAGGGGGGCGCAGCCGGAGCGGCUGGGAGCGCUCGGGAGCGGAGCAGGAGCCCUGGAGAAGCAGGAGGAAGGAAGGAAGGUGCCGGAGCUGUCGGAUGGUUUCUCUGGCGGCGUGAGGAGAGGGGACUCCGAGUGUGCUCGGGGUGUUCUCCGUGCAGCAGCAGCAGCUGAGGCGGGCGGAGGACGGCUGGGGCAGCGUGGGGUGGAGCUGAGCGCCUCGGAGGAACCCACGGAGGAGCUGCAGGGAGCGCCGCUGCCAUCGGGGACGCGGGGCGGGGAGCGGCCGGUCCCCGCUGUGCCACCCAGCCAGCCCCAGGGCGCUGCCGUGGCCGCUGCCCCGCGCCCUGGGCGCUCCCCGGCGGGGAGCAGGGAGGAGCUGACCGCCUCCGAGUGCUCCAUAGAGGGGGGACACAAGGUGACGGAGAUCUCCCCUUCCUUCGCUCUGGGGGCUGAGGGCUCCUUCUCCCUGCUCCUGCCUCGUCCCAACUUCCAGUCCACGCCGGGGCUGUUCCUCAAGAGAAGCGCUGCGGCGGAGGGAGCCGGGCUCCUGGCGAUCCCCUCGGACCUGCAGGCCUCUCCUUCUCCCGGCUCUUCCGACGGAGGAGCGUCCCCUGGCCCUGGAUCCCCGGGGGAGCAGCGUCCCCAGAGCGCUGUGCCGGAGAGCCAGGAUCACCGGGAGGCCCCGAGGCCGGGAUCCCCGGGCCCUGGCAGGAUCCAGUCCUUCCCAUCGCUGGGGUUCCUGGAGAAGGUGGGCGCCUGGCACGUGUGCCAGCCGGAGCAGGGCCCCGGUGCUGCCAGCUCGGGGGUGCCGGCUGGAUGUCCUCCCGCCAGGAGCGCCUCCAGCGCACCUCCCGGGGCCUCCAGCCGUGUUUUAUCCGCGCAGGAGAGCCGUGGGGAUGCCGGGGACCGUGCUGCUCCUUGCUCCGGGGAGCCAGGCUCUCGGGGGGAGAGCUGGCGUUUCCCCCCCAAAGCCCAGAGGCGCCUGGCGCCGGCUCUGAGCAGGGCGAGGUCCGAGCGCGCCGUCAGCGCCUGCGGCGGGAGCGGAGCCCUGGCUGGGGCCAGCGCAGCAGAACUCUGCCCCGGGCUCCUGCAGCCCCCGGGGGAUGCGAGCCCUGCUCUGCCAGCCCCUGCUGCCCCUGGAGCUCGGGGCGGAGGUGUGGGCGCCGGGGCGCGGCGAAGCUCGGCGCCGGCUGUGUUCGUGUGCGGCCUCGCUCGGCUCCUUCGGGAGGACGAUGGUGAGGAGAAGGACAGUCAGUCCCUCAGCCCCACUGUUCCCGCCGCUCACGAGAUCGUGGACCGCUUUGGGGCUGUUUCCUCGGAGAGUUUGAGUUUUCCUGCUGGUUCUGGGGAGCCUCGGGGCGCCCUGGUGGUGCCCAGGCACUGCCCCGGUGCAGGAGGGGACAGCUCCAUCCCCCCUGGAGCAGCCCUGGAGACCCCCAAGAAAGAGGAGCUCAACAUUGAGGAAAGGAUCCCGAUCUACCUGCGGAACCUGGGCAUCGAGCAGUCCCCUGGCACCAUCCUGGCACCCUUCGUGCCGCGGGGGCCCCUGCGGGAGCUGGAGUUCUCCCCGUGGGCGCUCAGGACGCUGCGGCGUGCCGCGGACGCGCCGGCCGGGCUGUCCCCACGGGCACAGGGUGCCUUGCUGCCAGCCUUUGAGAUGUCACAGGCGAGCUUUGGCUCCGACGUGUCCCCGCUGAGCGCGUCCCCUGUCCCUGUGGGGUCCCCUGGGGGCUCUGGGGCUGACCUGGGUGUGCUGUCCCCUGUCCCUGUGGGGUCCCCUGUGGGUCUUGGGGCUGCCCCAGGUGUGCUGUCCCCUGUGGGUCCUGGAGAUGACCUGGGUGUGCUGUCCCCUGUCCCUGUGGGGUCCCCUGGGGGUCCCAGGGAUGACCCGGGUGUGCUGUCCCCUGUCCCUGUGGGGUCCCCUGGGGGUUCUGGGGAUGACUUGGGUGUGCUGUCCCCUGUCCCUGUGGGGUCCCCUGUAGGCUCCCAGGCUGGCUCAGGGGUUCUGUCCCCCUUGGGGCUGUGUCCCAGCUCCCCCCAGCUCUCGGGGGUUCUGUCCCCCCUGGGGCUGUGUCCCAGCUCCCCCCAGCUCUCGGGGGUUCUGUCCCCCCUGGGGCUGUGUCCCAGCUCCCCCCAGCUCUCGGGGGUUCUGUCCCCCCUGGGGCUGUGUCCCAGCUCCCCCCAGGUCCCUGCAGAGCCCCCAUCCAGCCAGGGCAGGGUGCCGGGGCCCCGGCUGCAGGGUGCUGCCCCAGCCCGGGGGGCAGAGGGGUCCCCUGGAGCUGCUGGAGCAGAGCAGGACCUGCCCGGCUGCUCCUCGGGCAGGGAGAGCCCCGGGGCUGGGGGCGGGGGUGCUGGGGCCCCCCUCUCCGGGCAGGCCGGGGGCAGCCGGGGCAGCAGCCCGCGGGGAUGGGCUUUGCGUGCGGCUGGGGCCGAGCUGGGGUCGGACGGGGCGCCCCAGAGCCCGACUGCGGGGAGUGGCGGCAGCCGGCGGCAGGAGGGGGCUCUGGGGGGCUCGGGCGCCCUGCAGGAGCUCCGGGAGCUGCUGGCACAGGCGGAGGGUCUCACUGCCGGCCGGGGCCGCCCUGCCUUCCCCACAGCCUGCUGCGGAGAAAGCGGGGAAUCGCCCCGGGGGCUGCCCGGGGAGGAGCAGGAGGAUCCCAGGGACUCCGGGCUGGGGAAGGGCCGGGUCCCUGAGCGCCUGUCGUGGGAUGAGGCCGCGGCCCAGAGAGCUGUGAGGGGCCAGGGGCUGGUGGAACAUCCCACGGGUGUCGGUGUGCAGCCGCGGGCAGGGAGAUCCACGGCCCAGGGGGCUGUGAGGGGCCAGGGGCUGGUGGAACAUCCCACGGGUGUCGGUGUGCAGCCGCGGGCAGGGAGAUCCACGGCCCAGGGGGCUGUGAGGGGCCAGGGGCUGGUGGAACAUCCCACGGGUGUCGGUGUGCAGCCGCGGGCAGGGAGAUCCACGGCCCAGGGGGCUGUGAGGGGCCAGGGGCUGGUGGAACAUCCCACGGGUGUCACUGUGCAGCCGCGGGCAGGGAGAUCCACGGGCAGGUGGGAGCCGGAGGGGUGCAGCAGCGUCCCCGCCGAUGGGAACCGGGCCGGCAGCGAGCUGAGUGCCGGGACAGCCCCGGGGCAGGGCCGUCCUCUCCCCCCAGAACCCCUGGGCACUGUGCCCCCCAUCCUGGGCUCCUGGUCCUGGGCUGGACGGGCGGCAGGGACACGGGGCAGCGAUGACAGCGAGGAUUCCCUCGGCGCCCACAACAGGGCCGGCAGCGAGCUCAGUGCCGGGACAGCCCCGGGGCAGGGCCGUCCUCUCCUCCCGGAGCCCCUGGGCACUGUGCCCCCCAUCCUGGGCUCCUGGUCCUGGGCUGGACGGGUGGCAGGGACACGGGGCAGCAAUGACAGCGGUGGUGAGGAUUCCCUCAGCGCCCACAGCCGGGCCGGCAGUGAGCUCAGUGCCGGGACAGCCCCGGGGCAGGGCCAUCCUCUCCCCGCGGAGCCCCUGGGCACCGGGACAGCCCCGGGGCAGGGCCGUCCUUCACCCCCUGAGCCCCUGGGCACCGUGCCCCCCAUCCUGGGCUCCUGGUCCCGGGCUGGACGGGCAGCAGGGACACGGGGCAGCAAUGACAGCAGUGGUGAGGAUUCCCUCAGCGCCCACAGCCAGGCCGGCAGCGAGCCGAGCGCCGGGGCAGACCCGGGGCAGGGCCGUCCUCUCCCCCCGGAGCCCCUGGGCACCGGGACAGCCCCGGGGCAGGGCCGUCCUUCGCCCCCGGAGCCCCUGGGCACCGUGCCCCCCAUCCUGGGCUCCUGGUCCCGGGCUGGACGGGCGGCAGGGACACGGGGCAGCGAUGACAGCGAGGAUUCCCUCGGCGCCCGCGUCAGGAGCCUGCUGGGGAAGCCUGGCAGUGCCACAGGAGCGCCCCAGAGGAGCCUGCCCAGGGCUGCCGGGGCGUGGGCAGGCAGCAGCAGCAGCAGCAGCGGGGACUCGCUGGCUGCCCGCGUCCGCGGCCUGCUGCGCGCCGGCACCGCUGGCAUCGAUGCCAACCGCGUCCUGAGGAGCGCAGAGGAGCAGGAGAGGAAGAUCCGAGCCUGGGUGAAGCUGAAGCUGGCCAGCCAGUCCCAGGAGUCUGGGCCGCUCUGGGAUGAAGAGAGCCAGCCCAGGAUGGAGGGAAUGAAGGCAGAGCUGCUCCCGAAGGCCAGGAAACCUGCACGGGCCAAGGAUCCGUGGCCCUGUGGUCUGGAAGCAGGUUCUGAGUUUCUGAGGAGGCAGGAGCAGGACCGGGAGCGUUGCCAGGCUCUCGGGGUUCCCAGGGGUGGGCACAGACACCUCUCCAGGCCUUGGGAGCUCUUCCAGCCCAGCUCCCCACCAGCUGCACCCUUCCCUAGAGCUGACCCCUGGCACUCCUCCCUGCUGCAGGACAGGCAGCUGAAACCCUGGAACACUGCUGAGCUGCAGGACAGGCAGCUGAAACCGUGGAACACUGCUGAGCUGCAGGACAGGCAGCUGGAGGCCUGGAACACUGCUGAGCUGCAGGACAGGCAGCUGAAGGCCUGGAACACUGCUGAGCUGCAGGACAGGCAGCUGAAGGCCUGGAACACUGCUGAGCUGCAGGACAGGCAGCUGAAGGCCUGGAACACUGCUGAGCUGCAGGACAGGCAGCUGAAACCAUGGAACACUGCUGAACUGCAGCCCUGGAGCACUGCUGAGCUGCAGGACAUGCUGCUGAAACCCCAGCACACUGCUGAGCUGCAGGACAUGCUGCUGAAACCAUGGAACACUGCUGAGCUGCAGCCCCAGAACACUGCUGAGCUGCAGCCCCAGAACGCUGCUGAGCUGCAGGACAGGCAGCUGAAACCAUGGAACACUGCUGAGCUGCAGGACAGGCAGCUGAAACCAUGGAAUACUGCUGAACUGCAGCCCUGGGACACUGCUGAGCUGCCGGACAGGCAGCUGAAACCAUGGAACACUGCUGAGCUGCAGCCCCAGAACGCUGCUGAGCUGCAGGACAGGCAGCUGAAACCAUGGAACACUGCUGAGCUGCAGCCCCAGAACGCUGCUGAGCUGCAGGACAGGCAGCUGAAACCAUGGAACACUGCUGAGCUGCAGCCUCAGAACACUGUUGAGCUGCAGGACAGGCAGCUGAAACCCUGGAACACUGCUGAGCUGCAGCCUCAGAACUCUGUUGAGCUGCAGGACAGGCAGCUGCAGCCCCAGAACGCUGCUGAGCUGCAGCCCCAGAACGCUGCUGAGCUGCAGCCCCAGAACGCUGCUGAGCUGCAGCCCCAGAACGCUGCUGAGCUGCAGGACGUGCAGCUGCAGCCCCAGACCGCUGCUGAGCCGCCGGCGUGCAGCCAGCACCCGGCCGUGGGACGCGGCAGUGCUGUGGCAGAGCUCCGUGCCCCGCUGGCGCGGGGUCCCGCCGCAGGGAGCUCUGCCCCGCGGUCCCUGGCAGCCACGCAGCCGGGGCAGGGCCGGGAGCGGCCGGACACCCUCGGCACCCUCUGCUGCCCGGGCUCCCCGGCACACGGCCCCGGCCUGGGCGGGACCCUGCCUGGGGAGGAGAGGCUGGGCACAGAGCCCUGGGCCAGCAGCCACAGCUGUCCCCACAGCCCCGGGCUGGGCCGUGCUGCCUGGGUUCCUCCUGUCCCUGCUGCAGCUGCUCGGGAAAGAGCCCAGGAGCCUGGGAACAUCCAGGCUGGGAGCAGAGAGAGGGCAGGGCAGCCUGCAGGGGACAGGGAGAGGGCAGGGCAGCCUGCAGGGGACACAUGGAGUGCCAGGGCCGGGGAGGGCGGCACAGGAGUGAGCCAGGGGCUCCAGCCGCUGAGAGAGAGCCCGGAACACGCUGGGAACAGCCAGAGGCUGAGGGCAGGGCAGCCGCAGUGUGUGCCUGCCGUGGCUGCAGGGGACACACGGGGUGCCAGGGCCGGGGAGGGUGGCACAGGAGUGAGCCAGGGGCUCCAGCCACUGAGAGAGAGCCCGGAACACGCUGGGAACAGAGAGAGGGCAGGGCAGCCUGCAGGGGACACACAGAGUGCCAGGGCCGGGGAGGAUGGCACAGGAGUGAGCCAGGGGCUCCAGCUGCCGAGUGACCCCCACAGCCUGGGCUCACCCCGGCAGGAGAAGCUCCCACCUGCCCACACCCGGCCGUGCCAGGGCUCCCGAGGCUCGGGUCCCGCUACACCCGUGCAUUUGCUGAGGGGCCCCGGCCAGGCGUUGGCAGAGGGGAGGAGAAGCCCCGAGGAGCCGCCUCUGGUUCCAGAAGAGGCUGUGAGGGAGCACAUGGGUCCGUGUCGCCCUGUGCCCGCAGAUGAGGCUUUAUCUGCCACCUCCAGGCCUCCCUCACCCCCAGUGAGGAAAUUCCUGAGCUGUGUGCACAUCACCCUCUCCUCCAGGGUCGGGCACCCCGAGCUGGGCCGUGCUGGGAGCGGGGUGGAGGUGAGGGACAAAGCUCCGGGGCAGGCUCGGGUAGUGACUCCAAAGGCAGCUCCAGCAGUCUCAGAGGAAGGUGUUGCUGAGUUCCCUGCUGCCCAGGGUGCUGCACAGGAGCCCGGCCCAGCCGUGCCAGCGGACCCCGGCCGGGCGCUUUCCCCCAGAGCCCGGCUGCAGAGGGGCUCGGGGGCUGGGGGCGCGCAGGGGACCCCAAAACCCGCCAGAAGCACUUCAGACGCCGCCACUCAGAUCACCACGGAGAGUCCCACCAAAGCCACCUUCUCAGCAGAGAUCUGCGUGCGUCCCCAGGAGGGGACAGCUGCUGCCCGGCGCCCGUCAGCCCCCAGCGCCCCUGGAGCUGCCGGCGUUACGGCUUCAUCCCACAGGGAGAUCCCCCCGUUCCCGAGGCAGCCUGCCCAGCCGCUGCUGCUGCCGUACAAGCCCUGGGGAAGCAGUGGCAUGUACUACGUGCCUCUCCAGAAACCAGGAGCCGCCCUGGCCCCAGAGGAGGGCGAGGCCAGCGCAGACAGCUCCCACUCAGGCUCAGAGGAUGCUCCUGCAGCGCUCCUGGCCCGAGGGCUGCCUGUGGGGGACGAUCCCCCUGCAGCCAGGGCAGCUGCCCAGCACGGAGGGACAGCCCACGGGGCUGGGCCUAAGCUGGCCUGGGCUGAGGAGCAGAGGACACCGCUGGAAUGGCCUUCAGAGCUCUCCCUCGGCUCCGGGCGUGUGAGUCCCGCCCGGCCGCCGCUGCCCGGCGCGAUGCCCGCGGGUGGCGGCCGCUGCCCGCGCCCCGGGGAGCUCCCCAGGGCCGGGGCUGGAGCCGGGCACGCCGCGCCCUCCUCGGGAGCCGCCGAGGCCGAUGCCAGCAGGAGCGAGGAGCCCGGCGCCGGGACGGAGCCGCCCCAGGGAGGCGAUGGAAGGGACCCAGCAAACCCCGGCGAGAGCGCGGGGAAAGCGCCGCGGCGGAGAGGCCACCCCGGGGGCAGCCUGGACGAGCUGUGGGCGAAGUUCCUGCAGCGCCAGAGGAGACAGCAGCAGCAGGACUCCCGCAGGAGCGGGCAGCCGUCCCUGGUGGAGCGCCUGGAGCGGCUGGCCAGGCUCCUGCAGAACCCCGUCAGGCACGCGCUGGCACCCGCAGCGCCUGGCGAGAGGCUUCCUGAGGAGGAGACCCGGGCGAGGGAGCGGCUGGAGAGGCGCCUGGCAGGAAAAGGGAGAUCCGGGAACAGCGUGGAGCCCCAGGGAGCGGAGGAGACGCGUGUGACCCUGGGCAGGGCCGGCCUGCGGGAGCCGGGACGCGACGGCAUCCCGCACCCGCGCGGGGUCCUGGAGCAGCCACCGCCACACCUGGAGAUCACGAGCGACAGCUCCUCGGAGACGAGGCCCAGCGAAGAGCCCAGCACCUGCAGCACCUGCAGCACCUCGGGGUGGGACACCCGCCCUGCCUCGGGGGACAGCAGCUCCCCGUCCCUGUCCACCAUCGACACGGCCAGGCUGCUCCGCGCCUUUGGGCGCCACAGGCUGGGGCUGUCCCCGCGGCUGGCACAGCUCUACGGUGCCAUCAGCCAGCAGAAGAGCCGCCUGGAGCAGUGGGAUGAGCAGUGGGAUGAGCAGAGCCGCCCGCAGCAGUGGGAUGAGCAGUGGGAUGAGCAGGGUGCCGGAGCUCUGGGAUGUCCCCAGGGCGCUGCCCAGAGCCCCGGGAAGGGGCAGCAGAGCCAGAUUCGCAGGGUCGCAAUUCGGGCGUUCACGUGUUCUGUUAUCCGAAGGAAAAUCCACACCCUGCGUCUGUGCAGUGCCUCUCCUGGAGCUGGGGUAGUUACAGGAAAUUUAAACCAAAAAUCCAGGUUUAUGAGGGUCACAAUUGCCUCCUUUUAGUACUGAAGUCAAGUU